AUGGCCGCGCCGCUCAAGCACCUCCGCAUGGCGUCCAAGGACGCCCACACCGCCACCGUCAUCUUCCUCCACGGUCUCGGUGACACCGGCCACGGCUGGCUCCCCGUCGCAAAGAUGCUCUGGGGCCAGCUGCCCCACGUCAAGUGGAUCCUCCCGCACGCCCCCACGAUCCCCAUCACCGUCAACAACGGCUACCGCAUGCCCGGCUGGUUCGACGUGAUCACGUUCGACCGCUCGGUCUCCCCGCGCCCCGAGGACGAAGCCGGCAUCCUCGCGACCGUGGAAGCCGUCGACGCGCUGAUCCAAGCCGAAGUCGACGCCGGCAUCCCCGAGAACCGCAUCGUCCUCGGCGGCUUCAGCCAGGGCGGCGCAAUCGCCGUCCUCUCCCAGCUCCUCGGGAAGCGCAAGCUCGCGGGAUACGUCUCGCUCUCGACGUGGGUCCCGCUCGCACACAAGGUCGAGGGCAUGGCGCGCAAAGACGCAAAGGACUACCCCCUGUUCUGGGGGCAUGGGCGCGACGACGAGAUCGUGCAGUACGACUACGGACGCCAGUCCAUCGACCUCCUCAAGCGCCUCGGCUUCCCCGAGGUGCCGGAGGGCAAGGCGUUUGCGCGCCCCGGUCUCGUGUUCAAGAGCUACCCCGGCAUGGGGCACAGCGCGUGCAACGAGGAGAUUGCCGACCUCGCCGCAUGGCUCACCGAGUGCCUCAAAUCCGAGGGCGCAAACUAG